AUGAAGUGCAACGCUUGCUGGCGGGAGUUGGAAGGACAAGCCAUAACAACAACUUGUGGCCAUCUUUUAUGUACAGAGGAUGCAAAGAAAAUACUCAGUAACGAUGGUGCAUGUCCAAUUUGUGACCAAGUACUUUCCAAAAGCCAUAUGAAGCCUACUGACAUAAAUCCAAGCGAUGAAUGGACAGAUAUGUCAAUGACUGGAGUUUCUCCACAGAUACUUAUGAAGAGUGCAUACAGAAGUGUCAUGUUUUACAUCGGACAAAAGGAUCUGGAGAUGCAAUACAAGAUGAACAGAAUUGUUGGUCAAUGUAGGCAAAAGUGUGAAGUUAUGCAGGCAAAGUUCACUGAAAAACUGGAAGAAGUGCAUGCGGCAUACCAGAAGAUGGCCAAAAGAUGCCAGUUGAUGGAACAAGAGAUUGAAAACUUGACAAGGGAUAAGCAGGAGUUACAGGAAAAAUUUGCAGAGAAAUCCAGGCAGAAGAGGAAGCUUGAUGAGAUGUAUGAUCAGCUGAGAAACGAGUAUGAAUCAGUAAAACGUUCAGCCAUUCAACCUGCAAACAACUACUUCCCUAGAGCUCAGCCUGACUUGUUCUCAGGCAUGCCCAACAUAUUGGACAGCGGCGACCCUCUGAGACAAGGAUCGAUUGAUCCUCCUGAAACCCCAGGGCGCAGAGAUGAGGGAUGGGCUCCACAACCAAGGCAACGACGUGAGAACUCUGGUCCAUUUGAGCUGUCUGGGGGUUCUCCUGGUCACACUGCUGCACCUCCGAUGGAUAUGAGACCCAGACAGCCGCCACGGUCCGUCUUUGGAGCUAACAUGAACAAUUCUUCGACAGCUCUGAGAAAUAUGAUAAUCUCACCAGUGAAGCGUCCCCAGCCCCGUAACCGUCCACAAAUGUUCACGUAA